GUGAAGUGUAAUUUUGUCAUAUUUCCUGUACCUUGAUUUCCGUUUGGAUAUCUAUUUGAGUGGCCAUUGUGGUUUUUGGUGUUUUAAUAUUUUCUGAAAUAUCAGAGAAUGUCUGGAGAAGUGGAAAAACGUAAAUUAAUAGAUCUUCGCGUCGUAGAGCUACGUAGCGAGUUGGAAAAACGUGGUUUGGAUAAGAAUGGCGUGAAGUCAUUGUUAAUCGAAAGAUUGCAGAAGUCUUUGAAAGAAGAAGGACAUGACCCGGACGAGUACCUUUUUCAAAUUUCAGAAAAGAAAACGCCAGCGAAGAGGUCCUCAAAACGUGGUGAACAAGAUACAGAAUCGGAGACCCAAAGCAAUGCUGAUGAGAAUCACGACCAAGAUGUGGAUGAAGACGAGAGGGAAGAUGAACUGGAUAAGUCUACUGUGCAGUCGGAAGAUGGUGAUGGUAAGGAAGAGUCGGUGGGAAAGGCUGUCGAUGCAGAAAUAAAGGAUGAUCAAGUGAAGGUGAAAGUUGAAAAACCAGAACCCAUGGAAACUGAUUCAGAAAAGGAACCUGCAGUAGUGACUAAGGAAGUUGCUAAAGUUGAAAAGCCUGAAGUUGUAACGGAUGCUGAGAAAAAAAAUGAUUCUGAGUCAAAAGAGCCUGAGAAGGCACCAGCUCCUGUGGCAGAUGGUGAUAAGAACAUACCAGAGGCUAAUGGAUUGGACAAUGAGGAUUCAAUAAACCUCACCAUUGGGGAAGAAGACGAAAAGCUUUUGGCUGAAGAGGAGGAUAGCAGUCAUGAAAAGGAUGCGAAAGAUGAGGGGAGUUUGCACAAGAAGGACGAAGCUGCCGCAGCUCAAGACAAGGAUGACAAACAAGCAUCUGCAGCUGAAGACAAGGUAGUCAAGACCGAUGAGCAAGCCGCGUCCGAGGACAAGAUGGGAGUCGAUAAGAACAAGAGUGUUUCCCAGGUGUCUGGUGAUCCAAAAGCUGUUAAAGAUGACAAAGACAAGAAAAAGGUUGUUGGUAUCCCGGCUGGCAGCAGUCGCAACUUGUGGGUGAGCGGCCUUUCCUCGUCUACGCGUGCUACGGAUCUCAAACAAGUUUUCUCCAAGUAUGGCAAGGUGAUUGGUGCCAAAGUGGUGACAAAUGCACGAACACCAGGCGCCCGUUGCUACGGCUAUGUCACCAUGGCAACCAGCGAGGAUGCAACAAAGUGUAUUCAGCAUCUUCAUAGGACAGAGCUGCAUGGCAGGAUGAUAUCCGUGGAACGUGCCAAAGGAGAUUCCACUGGCCCGCCAAAGAAGAGUGAAACCAAGACUCCCGUUGCAAAGAAGGUAGAAGAAAAGAAGCGCCAUGAGAGGAAGUUGUCUACGAGCAAAGGAGAUGAAAAGAAGGAAGAAGGGGAAAAAAUACCAGCGAUAACAGACCAAGCUCUUAAAGAUGAAACCAAACAAGAGGUGAAGCCUGCUGUGAAAGUGGAAUCUAAGAACGAGGCGGUGAGUGAAGACAAAACGGCCGCCGUCAAGGAAGAGGAGAAGACGCUUGCAGAGAAGCGAGAAGCUUCUCGGGAGCGCAAGGAAAGGGAGAGGCGUCGCAGUGCUGGCAGCAGCCACCACUCUCGUCACCAGAGCACCAGCCCUCACCGCGGCCCCGCCCACCACGCGUCUCCCAUCCGGCGGCCGGGCGUCCUCACCUUCGCACAGAUACGGGAAGCACGGGAGCGACAGAGGUUGCGAGAGCGCGAGCGAGAGUUGCGAGAAGAGGAGAGGCGGCGAAGGGAAGAGUUUAACAGACAGAGAGAGAUUGAGCGUCGCAAUAAGGAGGAGGCUAUGAGGCUGGAAAGGGAGAAGGAGAAGUUGCGUCUGGAAAGGGAGCGGAUUGAACGAGAGCGUGCUGAGCUGCUUCGCUUGGAGAGAGAGCGGCAGAAGUUGGAACGCGAGAAGCUGGAGCGUGAACGGGAAGAAUUGAAACGGCAGCAGAUGAGGCUUGAAGAAGCACGGCGUUCCACCAAACGUCCAGCAGAUGAUAGGCGUGAGCCUUAUCCUGAUGAGAGGAAGAGAAUUGCUACUGACAGGCGAUAUGAAGGUUCCGGACGCUUUGAAGAUAGGUCAGAGUCUUUUGAAAACAAGAAAAACACAAAGAUGGGCACAGUUUUUAACCAUCAUGCUACCAAGAUUGUUAAUUCUAACUUUGAUGAAAGUCGCUCUUCCAGACGUGACCGUGACGGGUUGGUUGGCAGGACUGCAGACUUGCCGCGUCGGGACCAUGCCUCUCCAGAUAGUGGAAGAGGCAAAGAAAGGUUUGAAAGGCCUUCCUUCAGAUCCCGCGAAGAUCAUCGUGGUGAGAGUGACCACCGCUCAAAACUGGAGAUACGUUCACGCGACAGAUACCCCGACUCUGGCAAGGGCGAGGGGCGGUACACGGACCGUUCGGGCGACACUUGGCACUCCGGGGGUGGGCCGGCUCCGCCCAAGCCCUUCAGCUCGGUGCCUUCGCCCAGACCCGCGUGGCCCAUCGGCGACAGAGACAGGAAAGGAGACUCUGGUCAGAGCUGGGGCAGGCCUCUGGAAUCCAGUGGUUCUGACAGGUGGGUGAGCGGCGGGGGUGGUCCCAUGAGCGUGGUGUCGCGGGGCCCGGGCCUGAGUGGCCCUGGCAUGUACCCUGGGCCACAGGGCGUGUCCCCUAGCAUCCCCGGCAUGGGCCUGGGCCUGGGGCCUGGCCCCUACUCUGGCGACAGGUUCGACGCCUACAAGCAGUCUCUGCCCAUGCGCAAGUACUGAGACCGCCCGUGUCGUGUCCCAUUGGCCUAGAGGUUACUGUCCGUGAACAUUGUCUAAAAGGCACAUUCAAAGUGAACACUUGCAUUUUAAUUUCAUGAAUAAUGUAAGCGAAUGAAUCAUUUGUGCAAGAAUGUUGUGGCUUUUUGCAGUGGUAAAGAUGGUCCCCUAAGCAGUGACCAUUUUUAUGUGUGACAUUCCAAUAUAAAAAUGUAUAUCUUUUAGUGUUUGACUGUUUUUGCAUUUCAUUUCUCUAGAGAGAGUGACAAGUAAGUGUUGGUUUUACAAGAAACAUUAUGCAUUAAAUUGUCUGUAGUAUAUUGAGACAGUUUGUGUUAUAAAAUGUGAUUUUGUAGUCAAUAAAUGAAUAUUAUAAGUUGCCUGUAAUAAAAGUGCAGAAAUUAUAUUUGUCAGCUUCUAUACCAUCUAUUGUUGGCAUUUCAGCUGUCAGUAAUACUUAAUAGGAAUGUGGCCUGAAUGAGGUAACCUUCUUCAGUAUAAGGUAUACUUUAUACUUGAAAAUUUGACUCAUAUUACUGAAUAGGUUUAUAAUUUUAUUUAAAUUUUUUUUACUUGGUGUUUCCUUCUGUUCAGUGUUUACAGUCAGAACAUUACUCCGCAAACUUCAAUUCCUUUCUUUGUAAUAAAUAUUGCCGAUUUGAAUAAUCAGUAAUUUUUUUUUUAAUUGCAAGUACUAUAACACAGGCCAACGAUUGUUUUGGUGCCGGAAUAUUUGGAGCUUAUUUCAUAUGAAUUUGAUACCCUGAAUUCUAAUAUGGCAUUAGUUUUUGCCUAGUAGGUAAAAUUUCUAAUAUAUAACAUAUUUGAGAAAUGUACUUGUUUUGUUAUAUUAGGUUAGAUCCACGAAUGAAAAUUAUAAAUUAAACAUAAAAUUAUUAUUGUUAAAUUACACAGAUAUAUUAUACAAAUAUCAUUAUAUUAUACAAAAAUAGUACAAAGUCAUCGAUGGAACGAACUAGUCACUCAACACUUCGUAAGCAUCUUUUUCGUGAACUUCUUGAAUAUAUCUUGGAAGAGUCCCUUUUUAAACUCGAGAAGUAAUCUAUCAUCACGUUAUGUCCCAUGUUUCUUGAUAGUGGUCCUCCUUAAUUUUAAUAUCUUGAUGAAAUCUUUCACUUUGCUCCUCACUGCUGUCUCCUAAAUUUUCAGUAAAACGGUCCAAGUGGCUGUGUAAAUAGUGCACCUUAAUAAUCAUGUUGCACUCAAAGGAUUUGAAAUUUUUAAGCAUAUUGUUUACCAGUUAAACAUGGUUUUCUGCUUUUCGUUGGUCCAGAAAAUUUCCAACAACUUCAACAAAUGAAGUCUAGGAUUUUCGCUCAGCCUCAUGUAAUUUACGAAGGAUUAGUCCUUGAUGAAUUUUCUUAUUUCUGUGCCGUUAAAUAUUCCUGCUUUAGUUUUUUUCCUUACACAAGUUGGCAUUUGUUUUCCCAUAUAAAUGCAAAGCAUGAUCCAUCCUUAUCAAGAGCCUUUACAAACUGCUUCAUUAGGCCCAGCUUGAUAUGAAGUGGAGGAAGAUGAUAUUCUCUCGUUAAACAAAGGGUUCGUUAUUAAUUUUUUUCCUUCAAUGACCAUGCCUUCUCUCUUAGGCCACUCUUGUCUAACCCAGUGUUGUGUUCUCUGCUAUCCCAGAGGCACAAAAAACAAAGAUAUUAGGUGUGGCCAUUUUGCUGUCCAAGGAGAAAGAUUACCAUAUCCUGAUCACCAAGCGUAACACCAAAGUAUCCAUGAUAAAGCUGUCUUUACAAGGUCAACCAACGUUUAAUGUGUAUUCUCCGCAUAUAUAGCAAAACAUAACAGGAUGAUUUACACUUCUACUGGAACUCGUUUUUAUCAACUUCAAUUUAUCCUGCACGGCUAAAACUCACAUACUGACCCUAAAUUUAGUUGAAGCGUUGAAAUGAAGGAUGGGAUUCCCAUCCUGGGGUAUCCCUGUGAUGAAGUGGCUUUAGUCAAGCAGGCGGUUUUACUUCUUUUUUCACACUUACCUCAAAAAGUAGAGCUGAUAGAAAAAAAGUAAUUUCAUAUUUAGAUUUGGCACCCCAAGUAUAUCCAAAAUCUGUUCCAAAAUCCUAGGCACCAUUAGUAACAUUAUAGAAAACUGUUAUCUCACCUUCCUAGCAAUAGUAUAGUUGGGAAGUAAGAACAAUUAAAUUAAUUAUUGACACUGUCCACAUAGUAUCUAUGCAGGUAAAGAAUUGUGAAAUUAUAAAAUUCGAAAAUGUAUUUUUAGCAUAUUAUUUAAAAUCUGUGAUCCAAAUAUAUUUAAAGAUUAUAAAAUUGUUCUGACAUUUUUUAGUAUUUUUAAAAUAAACAAAUAAAUAAAAUAGAUGAAAUUUUUUUCUUUACCCUGAUAAGCUUUCUCUAUGUAUGUAUUUACAGCAAAACAUUACUCAACAAUGGCGAAAAUUAACAAUUUUUUAUAGAAAAAGUUGGUUCUUUUUUUGUCUUAAAUGUUUUAUGAGUGUAGAAAGUGUUAUAAGGUUUGUAUUGUUCUUGUUUGUGAGACGUUAAUGCUUUAUAUGUUUGACUGCAGGUUUGACAAAUACAUUUUCACAAGAAAAUACGUUCACAGAAUUGUACCGCUGAGCAUAUCCAUUUUAAAAAUAGAAACUCAAUAGUUGUGAAUUGCAAGGUGCAGUAAACUCUAACCAGUCUGAGGUUCUCUGGGAAUUGCAACCCUCGAAUGAAUUUCUGAGCAUUUGGUGACACAACAAACAUAAAAAAACUAUAAGAAAAUCGUUUAGGUAGCUUGUUAUUUGGCAAACAAGCAAUGCUACUGAUCCAGCAACACUGCAGUAACAAGCAGAGAUCUGCAGCUUUUCCACACAUCCUCUCCCCAUUAUAUUUAAAAAUACCACAGAUAUUUUAGUGCCACGGUUUCAAGGGCUGCAAAAGACGAGAGUUUACUGUAAUGAGCUUUAUGCUGCUGUAGUUUUAUAUUUGUCACUGUUUUCUAGCCCAUUUUGUCACAAUUGCAGAAUUUAUCCUUGGUUCUCUUAUUGUCACAUUGUUUGUCGUAUAUGUAGCACAUUUAUUGUAUUGUCCGAUUCUAAUGAGGGCUGUGGGAAGCAGAUGAUUUCAGUUUGAAUUUAACUGGAGCAAAUGUUACUACUGUAUUUAUUUACAUUCGUUAAUGUUGCACAUUUUAUCUCAAUUUUUAUUUUUAAAAUUGUAGUGCAAUCCUUAUUUGAAUUUUUACAUGGUUAAAAGUAAAUUGACAUUGCUCUGUAUAAUUUUUUUUGUUUUUGAUAAAUAUAUAACUUCACGAAUGAGUACAAUUAAUUUAGUUAUAAUAUCUCUGCAUAUGCUAUGGCCAGCGCUGACAAUGAUGAGGCUGGCUGAUGUGGUGGCUUACAAUGGGAGGAGGAGAACAUCUAAAAAUAAACCAACCAGAGUGAGUGUUUUUGUUCUUCCUCCUCUCUCUACUUUGUAAAUGUCUUUCAACUGGCACCAAUCCAUCUCUACAGGUUUUUAUGAUGCAACUGUGCCUGAGCAUUAUUGUUUUUGUGUUAUAUUUUCCACACUUUCAACAAACAAAUGUGAAGUGAGGUUUGACCUAUUUUCACCACUUUCAUCAUUUUACAGCAAAUAACAAACUUAAUUAUUUGAUUAAGGUCGAGAAGGAUGAGUAUUUUGAAUUUUGGUAUGUCAGUGCUCUCACUGUAAAAACAUGUGACUUUAAAAUAGUUGUGAUAAAAUAUGUGGCAAUUUUUUACAAACAAAACAGACCAGUGCUUCAGACAUCCAAAGAUAUGAAAGGUACAGGAAUUAACAAGUCAGUGCAACCUUCAAUGUAUGUCUUUGUGUACGUGAAAUGUGUGCACUUCAUAGCUUGCAUUUAGGCAUGAUUUUUCUCUUCAGUUAAUUCAUGGUGUGUAGAAAACUAAGCUUUGCACAGCCCUAGUUGUAACCUGAGAUUUUAUUUUAUGGCACAAAGCGAUCUUAUUUUCAAUUUUGUGUCCCCAUUUGCUCAUAUACGUGCUUAAAAAUUUUUACACAAAUACUUGCAUUUUUAAUUUUAAAAAGGUUACAAACUGAAAUAAUUAUAUACACAAUACUAUACUUUAUAAAAUAAUCACUACAGUUGCUUGUUUUAGCAGCAUGGAGUGAGAGAAAGAAGGAAGAGAGAUGUAUUUAUAAUAUGGCCAUCAACAUCAGUUUAUUUUCAUACAAUUUGAAGCUGUUAAUUUUUUUUGGUAACAUGCAGUGGUGUAGGAAUGUGCAGAUAUAGAUUGGUAAAGUUAUUCUGUCCUGGUUUUGGCUCCUUGUGGCUGAUGUUCAAACUUAAGCUUUCUGCGAAGUAUCAAGCUCUUAAUUUUUGGCAACCGUUCUGUUUAAUGCAAAAUAUAUUCUGUCUUCAAAAUUAUUUGUGCAAACUAUUACACUGUGCAGUAGUUUAUUUUAACUUAACAAAAACCAUGUCAUUAAUUACAAAUUCUGUACUUGAUCAAUACAGGUGUUUUGUUUUAUGUCUGGUCUUAAUAUUCAUUUUGUGUGGAGACAAAUUUAUGUACAUACGUAGUAUUGUCUGUAAACAUAGUUGGCAUUUUUGUGCAGUGUAAAAUUUGUAGAAUGAAUGUGUUCAAAUAUUGGAACUGGUUUCAGCUAUAAGUUUAUUUGUAAAUUGUGUGAAAAUCUGGCAUCAAUUUUCCUUUGAUCUGUGUUUGUAUGGGCAAAGCUAAUAUACUUAGAACUUCAAAACAUAGUGUUUCUGAAAUUGGUGAAUUCUAAUCUUUGUGUUUUAAUCUGUAUUCAAAUAAUGUAUGCAAUGUAGUGUUAUUUUGUCAGAAAUAAAUCAUCAUUGCAUGUUUAAAACAGAUUUAUUAUUCAGCAAAUAUUUUUGACUAUACAAUUGGAGCAUUACUAUAUUGAUUAGGGAUGGGGUGACCGAAUCCAAUAUCCGCCGAAUCCUAGGGAUUCGAAGCUUCUCAUCAUUUACGCCAUUAAAUGUGUGAUAUACUGUCCGUUAAAAUUUUUUCUGAAACUUCCUGUCUCAAAUAAUGGCGCACGUAAAUAUGAAAAAAAGACAAAUGAACAACAUACGAAGAAAUAUGGAUGAUGUACCAUAACUACAGUACAAACCCAAUAGUUAUUUUAAGAUAAUUACCAUAAAAAGAACUAAAGAUUCUUUGUAGAAUACCAUAAUUACUACAGAAGCAUGAUAGCUACCAUAUUUGCACUAUAGUUACCAUAACAAUAGAUGUAUAUUUACUGUGAUAGUAAUGUAUUAUUUAUUUAUGACACAUUAAAUUAAAGAACAUUGUUGAAAAA